AUAAUAUAGAAAGCACUGAUCAGGUGAUCUGAAUCAGACGAAGCAACUAUCAACCGCGAAAAUUAUUAAGAAGAAGAACGUGAACGCCAUCUUAUCAAUGAUUUAAAUAAUUAUUUUCUUUUAAAAUAAUAUUAUCUUGCUUUGAAAUAAUUUUAUAGUCAAUGAUGUUUUAGUAACAAAUUUGUGACAGUGCGCUCAUUUGAUCAAUUAUCACAACUUACUGCUUCAAUUGAAUCUCGGGGUUUUCGAUAUGUCGAAAGGACCUACCAACUUGGAAGCAGGUGAUAGUGUCAAUCCAGGGCCAUCAUCUAUCAAUUUGGGAGCUUCUGGUUCAAACACAUUAUCAGAAUCAGCUAGCAAAGUGAUACAAAAUGAGAGAGAAUCAGCGGCUCAGAGUGAGAAAGAAGCGGUUCCGGAACCACCACAGAAGAAGUUGAGGGUGGAUUUGCAGUCGCUUCCCUCGCGACAGUAUCUAGAUCAGACUGUCGUGCCAAUUCUACUGCAAGGCUUAUCAGCACUAUCCAAAGAAAGGCCAUCAGAUCCAAUAAACUUUUUGGCUGCGUAUUUAUUGAAGAAUAAAGCUCAAUUCGAUGCCAGUGGAACAACCGGAUCUUCAGCUUCACCAAAUCCAUGAAAGUUUGAUUGUGUGCAUGUACACAGUUGUGAGUGAUGAGAGAUGUGUUCAUAAAUGUAUAUAACAUCUAGGGAUAUAAUCCUCUGAACACUGAUAUUAAUUUUUUCACUGUAUUUGACUUGAAUAAAAUACUCUUAUUGGUUAUAUAUAUUGAUGCCUUGUUGAAGUUCAUUAUUUUUAUAGAGUAACUAUUCUUGAGCUGCGUUCACACUAAGAAAAUGCUGCAGCAAACACUUGUUCAAUUAAUGUAUUCAAGGGACAAACGUUUAGAAAAAAUGUGAACAAACAAUGUUGGCUCUCAAAUCGACAAAUGGCUCUGUUCAAACGUAGCUUUACUUCCAUAAUUAUAUCAAUGAAUAAACUUGAGCUCAAAAGGUCUCAUUCCUCGGAUGAGGAAUUCAACAAUGGAAAAAAUUUUUUAUCUGUGAUAAUGUUUGUAUAACCUAGGCUGAGAACUCAGUUUAUUAAUGAUUGUAAUCAAAAACAUUAUAAGAAUCAGAAAUCAAACAUGAAAGUAAAACAAUGAAUGAUUAUGAGGAAGAAAUGACAUUAUGAAUACUUUGAUAUAUUUCUUAAUAAACAGUAUUUAUUUUUAUAAUACA